UAUCACGUGACAUUUAAGUCUCCACAAAGAAAAUCUUAUUUUUAGUUAAAGAACUUUUUCUAGAUAAUGCCAUCAAAUGAAAGAUUUUGAGUCAGAUAUAAUAAACUACAAUGUGAUGCUGUGAUAAACAAUGAUGGAAAAUGUAUGUGGAAGGUUUAUUUUGGCUGUUUCCUCUGUACUGCUGUGUGCUCUCCAUUCAGUGAAGAGUGAAGGUUGCUACUACAAUUCAACAUGUGUGCCCAUUAAUGCAUCCAUGUGCUUGACCACGAAGGUGACAUUCACGCAUACAUCUCUUGUGUAUACGAAUUCAACUUUGACACAAAAUGAGAUACUGGAGCAGCUUGAAGUGUGGCGACAGCUGCAGGGCGUGCCAGAAUGCUGGAAUCUCAUUCAGCCUUACUUAUGCUCAGUUUACCUACCAAAAUGUGACGCAGGAAACUCAAAGGUUGAAAUGCCCAACAAAGAAUUAUGUGAAAGAGUGCGGGAACCAUGUGAAGUAGUAAAGCAUUACAAUGGUUCAUGGCCUUGGUUUUUGCAGUGUGACCAAUGGUUUUAUGCCCAAAGCUGUGGGCAAACUGUGUACGAGACUUCUAAUUUUGACACAAGCAGCAGUUGUACGUCCCCGCUCAUAGAUACCAGCCUAGAGUCGAACUGGUACGAGCAGAUAAAAGGUUGCGGUAUUCAGUGCGAGACUCCACUUUAUACAAAGUCCCAGCAUGAGACCGCCCAUAUUGUUGUGGCCACAUUGGCAGGGAUAUGUCUACUGUGUACAUUGUUCACACUGGUAACCUUCAUGUUAGACUGGAAAGUUGCGAGAAAAUACCCGGCGGUUAUACUCUUCUAUAUAAAUGGGUGUUUUUUUAUCGCCACGCUUGGCUGGCUGGCCCAGUUUACCUCAAGAGAAGAUGUGAUUUGUCGGAAAGACGGAACAAUUCGCACAGGAGAACCAUUGAUUGGAUCAGGAGAGACGGCUUCAUGUACAGUGGUGUUUAUUCUCAUUUACUACUUUGUGAUGGCGGGUGUCGUUUGGUUUGUUAUGUUGGCAUACUCAUGGGACAUCCAUUUUAAAGCUCUUGGUACGGUGCGAGACGAUCUGUCCAAGAAGACGGCAUAUUUCCAUAUAAUCAGCUGGUGUCUACCACUAGUGCUGACCAUUGUUUGCCUCUCUAUUUCUGUUAUUGAUGCUGAUUCCCUGAGCGGUAUAUGUUUUCCUGGUUUUUAUGACAGCCGAAUAAGGACUGGCUUUGUUCUAGCACCAAUAGGCAUCGCCCUGGUUGUUGGGGCAUUUUUUUCUAUAAGAGGACUUCUGACUUUGAUUAAAGUCAAAAAGGACUCUCCACCUUUUAUCGGAGAGAAAGCAACAGCGAAAAUUCAUGAUACCAUUAUAAGAUUAGGUGUGUUCAUUGUCCUAACGUUCAUCCUGGUCAUUUUUACCACCUGUAUUCAUGUAUAUACAUUCGUGAAGUCUGAUGACUGGAAUAAAAGUUUGAUGGACUUUACAUAUUGCAAAGCAAACGUUUCAGUGAUGCAGAUUCUGGACAAUGCUGCACCAAGCUCCUGUGAGAUGGAGAGUAGGCCAAGCCUCUCAGCUGCAAUGAUUAAUGUGUUUGCAUUUUUCUUUGCGGGAAUAGUGUUCAGCUCAUGGUCGUGGACGAAAGCUUCGCUUGAGGUUUGGGAAAGAUUAUACAGAAGAUUAUGUAACAAGCCAAGCAAUCGCCCCCAGAAGUUACGGAAACACAGAAUGGUGGCACGAGCUUUUAAACGUCAAAAGAAAAGGAGUAAUGAGAGGUUGUCAAUCAGCUAUGGUACAGACCAUGAUGAUCCUGUUGGAAUGAGGUUUGAUCGCAGUAGUGCCAGUUCUCACUCGCAGUCCUCCGGUUUUGCAGUCUCUAUGCCAAAACACAGUAGGCGACAUCUACGAGGUAUGAUGCGGCCCGGAAGAUCCCGGCAUCGACAUGUUGAUUCUGACGCAAUCUCACUCGGAUCUAGACACUCGAGGUCGUCAAGGAGACAAUCUUACGAGUCUAGUAUGAGUCAGAAACUAAGUGACAUUGAGCGAGAAAUACGAGAAGAAGAAAGACGGAAACGUAGGAGAAAAAGGAGAAAGAAACGUCAAAACCGUAUACAGCCUAUUCUUGAACCUAUAUCAAGCAAUAUGGCUGCCAUUCAAGCACAUCGGUUAAAGCAAAUGAAUAGACACUUUGCAAGUGAUUCAUCGGAUGUUAGCCGGUUAUCAUCUCAACCACCAAAUGUAGGAUUCAAUAAAAAUUUCAUUCCUAUGCAGUCAUUAGGUUCAUCGAAUAUAUUAUCAGAUUCAGUGACCACUGGUAACAGUAUUUCAGAAAUCGAACUACCUCAAACAAAACAAAAACUGCCAGAUUUUUCAAUAUUUACGACCCAAGCUGCCCUGCCCCCUACUGCUAACAAAGAGGAGAACAAGGAAGAUAACUCUAAUGGAAAUACUUCAAAUUUAAAGGGAGCUAAUCCAUCCCCUAGUGGCAGUUACAGGAGAGGAAGAAGAAGGGAAGUGAAACUUGAAAUGACUGAAACUAGUUUCUAUCAGGAGGAUGAAGACAAUAUUGAAAUGGGAGGUAAUCAGACAAUUCACACAGAAGAAAACCUUAGAGAAACUGGUGAAAUAAGGGGAAAUUUGAAAGAGUUAGGGCCCUUGGUGAAUGAAAUAUUUGAACAAGCGCGAGCCAACUCUAAUAACAGUAGAAAUUCAAGUCAUAGGGAUGUAAUGGGCAGUGGACGUCUAGGUUCCGCCUCAAGUAGGGGAAGUAAAGGCAGCCGAGCCAGUCAGUCAAAUUCAAAAGACAUUAAAUAUGCAACCACCAAGGUCAAUCUACCUCCAGAAAUGCCGAGGCCGGAUACAGAUAGAACUGACAGGAAAAGACCAUUUUCAGGUAAUUAUGUGCUAGAUCAGAGGAGGAACAAUGCCAAAAGAGAUGAAGGGGUAAGAAAAUCGCAGUCUCAGCCAGGAAGUCGUGUGUCGUCUGCUACAAAUCACAAACGUCAAAUUGGUCACAAUGGCCGACUGGAUUUGGGGGAUGGUCUUAGUUGGUCUAGAUUCCUGCAUACAAAAGGUCACGCCCCUGGUCAGUUGUUUGACCCGAUGGAAGCAUACAGUCCUAGCCAAAAAUGUUUUUACAACCCUCCAAUAGUUUUUGAUAAAAGACAAGGGCCUUAUCCAGGUCAGCUUCAGAUAAUGGACAAAAAACAUUUUGAAGUGCAAGAUCCAAUCGUAAGUCCACAAGAAGAAAAGACUGUCCCUAAUUUAGAACAAGAGUGUAAACAGAAUCAUACAUAUGAAAUGCAACGACCGUAUACAAACCCGUACAGAAAAUACGAGACAAUGGGUGAUGUUUUACCGGACGAUGUUGAAGCCGAGGAUAGUGGGAUUUCCUCACGAUUGUCCCAAGUUCAACCUACUCAGGGCGUGAAUAUACUCAAUGUUGAGGCGGAACACUGUAAACAUUGCGGUGCUCAUAAAAACUUUUCUCAAAAUGUUGACCUGUUAAAUAUACAGGAGGAACAGAUUAAAUCAGACAUUAGUUCUGAACCGACGGUGAAUUUAGACAUGCUUAAUGUGGAGGAGGAGCAUCGAAAGCAUUCUAAAAAGAAACCAUCCUCGCCCUCAAAGGUGUUGACAGGGAAAAAAGAGAAGGAAAAAUUAAGGCAAAGUCCAAAAAAGACAGCAGAUGUUUUAGAUAUAGAAGCAGAACAGCGGAAUGAACUAGGAAAAACUUAUGACUUAAGUGAAGCUAGAGGAUUAGGUGAUACAUUUACAAAAGAUACUAACAUGUUGAAUAUUGAUCAAGAACAAUUAGAAAGAGCAAAACAUGGUGAUGUUCUGGCUAAUGUAUGUGAUUUAAAUGAUCCAAAGGUAGAUAAGCAAUGUCCAAAGAUUAUUGAACAAAUACAACGACCACACACAGGACCUGGUCCUGCUAGUGACGAACAACCAAAAGUUAGGGGAAAGCAUGACUUUAUUGGUGCAUUCUCCGGAAAAGCACAGAAAAGUCAUGUAGUUCCAAAUAAGACGAAAACCGUUGCGACUUUAAAUUCAAAUGUUAUGACAGAUUCUAAAUCAAAAGGAAAACAGGGUUCAAACAAAAGUGUCCCUGUUGCAAAUAUGAAUGUUCUGACUUUAGAACAACAGCGACAACAAUUAAAACAAAAAUUAGGUUCACAGGGGUCAUUAUCCUCAGGGUCAAGGUCGGCUUCAAGGUCAGGAAGUGCAACUACAGGGUCGGCAUCAAGUCGGAACUCAAGACUAAAAAUGUUGCAACAGAACAGUGCAGUGCUUCCAGAAUCUAACAAAACUCACAGUAACAGUAAACUGAAUAAGAUUAUUAAUCAAAAACCAGCAAGUGGGUUGGAACGUAAUUUAGGCAUGUUUGAUUUUAUAGAUUAUGAGGAGUUUAAUUCCGAGUAUGAUGAUGUAACGACAGACGAUCUUACUGAUACAUACACGUAUACAGACUAUGAUGAUGAUCUCACUGAAGUCUCAUCCUUACCAUGUUAAUUAAGACAGGGUGCCUCUCAUUAACUUCAUGGCUUCCAUGUAAUAUAUUUGAGCCGCGACACGACAAAACCAACAUAAU